ACGCAACUUAGACAGAUAAACUCUUCUCUCUGCACUUCACUGCUAGAGAGAGAGAGAGAGAGAGAGAAGUAGAUCUUCGGCUUCGUCGGUGCGAUUGCUCAGAUCAACAACUACUUUUCUUCGUCUUUCUCCCUCUUUUGAACUAGCGUCUGAUGUCUUAGGGUUUCGUUUGUUGAUUCCUUUGAAAAUUCGAGCUCCAUUGUUUGACUAUAGCGGUGAACGCGGAUGUUGUUUUUUUUUGGACUGUUUUAGUUUCUCUUCUUUUGGAUAAUUUAAUGUCAAUUAUGGGACCUCUUCUCGGAAAGAGCGUGCUAAGUUGCCAAUUGCUUCACAUGAUGGUGUAACUCAUGGCAUAAAAGCCAUCCUCUUUUUUGUUUUAUCUACGUGUUUUGGGGGCUUCUGGUUAGGUGAAAAAAAGUGAUUUUUAUGUAUAAAUAAUUAUUUGUUGAAGCAUUGAGAACGUGGGUUGGUGGAUCAGACAGAAUUGGGGAACUAAGUCUACAAGUUCAAUUUCUCUGUUGACUUGGGUUUGGUUUGGAUUGGAGCGAGGAGGCCGAGAUGGGUUCGCACGGAAUGCUUGCAACAAGGGCUGUGGAGACCGAGAUGCCGGUAAUGGUUCAGAUUCAAGAAUUGGUCCGAGGAGUCAAAAAUUGCAUGUCCUUGGCUCAGGGAGUUGUUCACUGGCAACCACCUAAAGAGGCACUACACAAGGUUAAAGAGCUGCUGUGGGAGCCUGCAAUUAGCAGGUACGGUGCUGAUGAAGGAGUUCCUGAACUCAGGGCAGCACUGAUUGAAAAGUUGCGUAAAGAAAAUAAGUUAUACAAAUCUUCAGUGAUGGUUACUGCUGGUGCAAAUCAGGCAUUUGUGAACCUGGUUCUUACAUUGUGUGAUGCUGGGGAUUGUGUAGUUAUGUUUGCACCAUACUACUUCAAUGCUUACAUGUCGUUUCAGAUGACCGGUGUCACCAAUAUACUGGUCGGUCCUGGUGACCCAAAGACACUUUAUCCAGAUGCUGAUUGGUUAGAGAAAACAUUGUUGGAAACUAAACCAGUGCCAAAGCUUGUUACAGUUGUGAAUCCUGGGAAUCCCUCAGGAACAUAUAUCCCUGAUCCCCUUCUCAAGAGAAUUGCAGACAUCUGUAAAAAAGCCGGAUGUUGGCUUGUUGUGGAUAAUACAUAUGAGUAUUUUAUGUAUGAUGAUUUAAAACACACAUGUGUAGAGGGAGAUCACAUAGUCAACAUUUUUUCAUUCUCAAAAGCUUAUGGAAUGAUGGGAUGGAGAGUUGGAUAUAUAGCAUACCCAUCAGAUGUAGAAGGCUUUUCAGCUCAACUCCUAAAAGUUCAAGACAACAUUCCCAUUUGUGCAUCAAUAUUUUCACAAUACCUUGCUCUCUACUCACUUGAAAUGGGACCUGAAUGGGUAACCGAACGAGUGAAAUCCCUUGUCAAGAACAGAGAAAUCUUAUCCGAAGCCCUUUCUCCACUAGGACAAGAUGCUGUCAAAGGAGGUGAAGGUGCAAUAUACUUGUGGGCAAAGCUUCCAGAAACUUAUGUCAACGACUUCGAAGUGGUUCGCUGGCUUGCUCACCGCCACGGGGUGGUGACCAUCCCUGGAAGUGCGUGUGGUUGCUCCGGUAGCCUAAGGAUAUCAUUUGGAGGCUUGGUGGAAGAGGACUGCAGAGUGGCUGCUGAGAGGCUGCGAAGAGGGUUGGAAGAGUUGAUCAGAGAUGGAAUGGUGCAAUAGAAGUUCUAGCAACUAUCCACAAUCCACAAGGGUGAAUUUGAUUGAAAGUCAAUGGUGAGUGCCUGAAACUGAUGCUGGUGUGGGUGUGGGUGGUUCAAGGGAUUUUGAUGUUGCAGACAGUGGUGGUUUAGAGGUAUGUUUUAGCUGUUCUUGUUGACUUGAGAUCAAUAAAAAGUUGUCAGGAAGAUAAGACUGAAUAGGUAACCUGUAAAUGUUAUAAUUUUAUAGUUACCGGAUUGCUGUAAUAUAUGAAACUUUUUAAUACUUUUGGACAAGAUUCAUGGACUUUCUAAGUAUAUAUAUCAUCAAGUCUCAAUUUGUGACUGAAAAAAAUAUAUAGGAUUAAUGUGCAGCAGUA